CUAGGCGUCCUGCCGUCGAUCUGAAAUUGAAGAUUCGGCGCUGUUUCUCUCCGUGGUUGAACCAGCAAUGAAUCUGCAUCCGCGCGCAACCAGCUGGCGGUCGGUAUUGUUUGUGGUCGCGACAUGUUUUGCUUCCUGCCAAGCUUUUGAAUGGCAGGCGAGCCAUUCGGUUGCUAUCCUUGGGAACUAUCUCUAUAUUCACGGCGGAAAGACGACUCGACCGGUAGCUGGAGAGGAUUCGGGCUGGACACCAGACAAUACAACAUGGGCAAUCCCGAUAGAUAAAUCUUGGAGUCUCGGGUCGGGCAACUUUGAAAAAUACGCAAUCGAAGAUCCGGACUUUGUGUCAACAGCAAAGCCAGCCAUGUGGCCAGACCCGAGCGGGACGCGCAUGUACACGUGGGGUGGGAGCAGCAUUGACGGAAAUGCCAACAGAAACUCGAACGAACCACGACUUUCCACGUUUAUUCGGGAGAGUGACACUUCGAGUGAGGGAAAAUGGGAGAGGGGCCAAAAGAAACCCGAAGCGUCAUCUGGCCAGAAGCUCAUUCACAGAACACACCUCGGAAGCUGGACUAGCUGCAACGGACUGGGGUUCUACAUGGGCGGAUACCUUCACUCGGCGACCGACAACUCAACCGAGCUCUGGGGGAGGAACAAGCGAGCGCUCCCGGGCCUCAUCGUCUUCAACAUGACCGACGGGACGUGGGCGAACCAGACGGCAGACGACUUUGGGCAAGGGGCCAGGCGCGGCACCCACCUGGACGGCUACGCCGUGUGCCUACCUACUCUCGGGACCAGAAACCAAGGGAUCGUGGUGUUUAUGGCCGGGCUUCAGGGUACGAUAAACGACGAUGGAGACAACGCAGACGUGCCAAUGGACCGCAUCACCUUUUACGACAUUGGGACGCGAACCUUCCACACGCAAAAGACGACGGGUGCCUACACCCCGGACAAACGCAGGAGACGCGGCUGCGCAGUGGCAACCACCGACGCCAUCAGCAGCAACCGUACCGGCGGGUACGAGAUCUUCAUGUUUGGAGGCGUCGGCAUCACGCCCGCCGACCUCUGGAUCCUGACCGUCCCGGGCUUCCGCUGGUUCCAAGCCCCACCCACGGGACUCCCGACGACGGCACGCAGCAACCUGGACUGCGCCGUGGCCGGCCGGGGCCAGCGGCAGAUGAUCGCCGUGGGCGGCUACGACGAGAAGCAGAGCGACGACACCAAUGCGUGGACGCGCCAGGACGACUGGCCGAGGAACAUGCAGGUGAUGGACCUCACGAGCCUCGAGUGGUCGGGUGAUUACGCCGCCGAUGCGCUUCCGUACCAGCCACCGGCCAUGGUGGCGGAUUGGAACAGGAACGGCGGCCUCGCCGGUGUGCAAUGGGAUGACCCGAGCACGCGAGCGCUCUUUGCGGAUGUUCUCGACGGGCGCCCUGGUGAUGGCCAGCAGGGUGGUAGCCCGCCGGGUGGUGGGCCAGCCUCGGGGGAUCCAUCGUCUCCUGCGGGCACGGGCGGCACGAACGUGGCGGCCAUCGCUGGUGGUGUCGCUGGAGGAGUAGCGGCCCUGUUGAUUGCCGCCGCGGCCGGGUUUUAUUUCUACUGGUACCGGCCGCGACGACGGCAAAUUCGCGAGAAUGCUGUCGAGGCCCCUGGGGAUGGUCAGUGGCACCAGGAAGUCAAUGCGGCGCAGCAGCCUCAGAAAUACCAGCACGAAGACGGCGUCAAGGAGAUGGUCGGUAGCCCAGUGGCACAGGCGGAGCUUGAAAGUAGUUGCACCCCGUCGGUGCAUGAGUUGGACGUGUACACGCGACGGCAUGAACUUGGGUGAUUAAAUCUACGGAUCCUUGACACAUUUAAUAACGAGCAGGUUGCGAUUGAAAGGGAGAAGGUCUGGUUGAUGUCACUAUUCGUUGUACAUUUCCCAGGCCACAAUCUCCCCCGUCGCUCAUCAUCAUUCGAAACAAACUACGUAAACCUAAUAUACGUAAUCAUG